GAAGAUGGACUGAUAUAGAGUAUAAUAAUAGUAAACGAGCAGACAAUCGAAAUAUCCUCUCCACUGUCCUUAAGUCUUGCAAAUCUUCUGAUACUUCCUUUAUUAACAGUCACACACAAAAGAAAAAAGAGAACAAACACACACUAAAGCUUCUUACUCCUCAAAACCCUAGAUCUCUUUAUUUUUUUAUGGCUCUGGAAGAAGAAGAUUCCCACAGUUCAUCGUCUGCAUCUCUCAGUUUAAAUCAGGACUGUCCAUUUGAAUCCUCCUCUUCUUCUUCUAAUAAUAAUAGUACAAGCAAGCUUAACGCUCAGGCUCCUGCUUUCGUGCCCCGAAUCUCGGCGCCGGGGCGGGUGUACGCCACGCGCCUUCAUCAGAUCAACGUUACUCACGUCGUCCCUGUAGUACAAAAUCAGUUCAUUUACGCGCCUCAGCAGUCUCCUCCGUCGCCUUACUAUGGCGGUGUUGCUCGAGGAUUUGUUGAUCAAGAGGUUGCUGCUGCUGAUUCGAAUAAUUCAGCUAAGAAUGGAGGGCUAACUGAAGAAGCUGCUCAGAAGAUCGUCAAUCAGGUGGAGUUCUACUUCAGUGAUUUAAAUUUGGCAACGACUGAUAAUUUGAUACGGCAUAUGAUCAAGGAUCCCGAAGCAUAUGUACCAAUAUCUGUGGUUGCAUCAUUCAAGAAGAUUAAAGCUCUAAUAGGUAGUCAUGCCCAGCUUGCCGAAGUUCUGCGGAGCUCAAUAAAUCUUGUAGUUAGUGAAGAUGGAAAGAAAGUUAAACGGCAAAAUCCUCUGACUGAAGCUGCCCUAGAAGAGUUGCAAUCUCGCAUAGUGGUUGCUGAGAAUUUGCCUGAGGACCACUGCCACCAGAACCUCAUGAAGAUUUUCUCAGCGGUUGGAAGGGUAAAAAUGAUACGCACCUGCCACCCUCAGCCUUCAAAUGGUGGGGCUUCUUCAGCAUCUAGAUCAGUAAAGUCAGACAGCACCUUGUAUAGUAACAAGUUGCACGUAUUUGUGGAGUACGAGUCUGUUGAAUUGGCUGAGAAGGCGGUUCUUGAGCUAAAUGAUGUGGAUAACUGGCGAAAUGGUCUAAAAGUCCGUCUACUGCUUAGACGCACAGCUAAAUCUGGUCAAGCCCAAGAGAAGAAGGUUGGUCAUGAAAGUGGGCUCAACUUCAAGGAAGAUGAUGAUUUUGCAUCAGAAUUAAAUGAGAAACAUGAAGAAGAAUCUCCGUGCCAUUUUGAGCAGUCAAAUGAUGUAGCAGACAAGCAUGGCAGCAAUGGAAAGAGGAAAGGGCACAAUCGUGGUCGGGGUAAGGUACAGGGACCAGGCCCAGGACAGACGCGGGUCCGGGGACGUGGACCUGCCCAGUUUCAACAAAACAAUCGUGGAGGGCGUACAGGGGCUUCCACAACAAAUUUGAAUCGUGGAAGCAAUGUGGCUAGUGGCCCCUCCAAUACUAAUGGUGUUAGUGUAGCAGGGCAGCCUGCAGUAGUUUGUGAUCAGUCAGCAGGCAAGCAAUCUUCUGUGCCUCGCAUGCCGGAUGGCACUAGGGGAUUCUCCAUGGGUCGAGGUAAACCGGUUGCUGUUAGAAAUGAGUGACAACUUUCUAGCUUCGUGAAAAGGGGUCUGUUCAUGCCAGCAUUUCCCAAGUAUAGAGGGGGCGAUGUUCCUACUUUCUUUGCGGUAUUGAUUGCAGGGUUUUAAAGACUGCUGUCAAUCCAGUGAAGAUGAUACAUCGGUUGAUUUAGCAGCAAAAGAGUCAAGACACAAGAAGUUAUCUGUUAUUUGAUGUUAAACCAAAAAGGUUGUGCUGUGAUUUUGUUUUGGAACACUGAACCUGAGAUAUUAACGUAAAGCUAUACGAAAUUGGCAAGAUUUCUUCUGUUGAA